AUGCGGUCUUCGUUUCCUCUCCUUGCAUCACUCCUCUCCGCCGCCGUUCUAGCGGAAGCCGCAGUCCACAAGACCAAAGUCGUCAUCCUCGGUGCUGGCCUUACCGGCGUGACUGCCGCCAAAGCUCUUGCCCUCGAACGCAAUAUCACCGACUUCAUCAUCGUCGAGGCCCUCCCCGAGGUAGGCGGCCGACUGAAGCCUGCAUCUAUCGGUGGCUACCCCAUCGAGAUCGGUGCCAAUUGGGUCCAAGGCCUCGGGACGAACCCUAUCUGGGCCCUCGCACAAAAGUACAAUGUGACCAAUGUGUACAGCGAUUGGGAAAACAUCGACUACUUUGACGGCCGCGGCUACGACUUCGACGGCAAGCUGGAAGAGGCCUUCGCCCGAUAUGAAGAACACGCCCUGGUCAACGCGACCAAGAUCUCAGACCUUCGCCAGGAGCGCGGGCAGGCCGAUCUCAACUUCCGUGCCGGCUUGAACUUGGCGGGAUGGGUCGCACAGACGCCGUACGAGAAGACGGCGGAGUACUUCGAGUUUGAUUGGGAGUACGCCGAGCCGCCGGUGCAGUCGAGCUUCAUCCAGAACAUCAACAGCUUCAUCUACAACUUCGACGGCUUCGGGAACGACUCCAAUAACUUCGUCUUCGACAAGCGUGGGUUCCGCAUGAUUGCACAAGGCCAAGCGGACGAGAUCCCCAAUUUCGCGGAGAAGAUCCUGUACAACGAGACGGUGACCACCAUUGCGUACAGCAAAGACGGUGUAAUUGUCACAACAGCGGACAAUACGACCAUCGAAGCAGAGUUCGCGCUGUGCACGUUCAGCAUUGGCGUGCUGCAGAAUACGGAUGUGACGUUCGAUCCUGAGCUGCCUGAUUGGAAGAAGGAUGCCAUUGCGAACUUCCACAUGGCCACGUACAUGAAGAUCUUCAUGCAAUUUCCCUCCAAGUUCUGGAACGACACCGAGUUCUCCGUCUACGCCGACCCCGACGAACGCGGCUACUACGCCGUCUGGCAAUCCCUCGACGUCGCAAAGUUCUACCCGGGCUCCCACCUCUUCAUGGUCACCCUCACCUCGGCGCAAGCCUACCAAGCCGAGCUGCAAACCGAGCAAGAAGUCGUCGACGCCUGCAUGACUGUCCUGCGCACCAUGUAUGGCUCUGGUAUCCCCUCGCCCAUCGAAAUCGUCAUCCCGCGCUGGACGCUCGACCCGCUCUUCCGCGGUACCUUCACCAACUGGGGCGCCGGCGCGACGGUGGAGCAGCAGAACGCGAUCCGCGCGCCGCUGCCGGACCCGGAUAUGCCAAGUCCGGAAAGCCAGAGGCUCUUUUUUGCGGGUGAGGGGACGAGUAGGAAGUAUUUUGGGUACUUGCAGGGGGCGUAUUUCGAGGGGCGGUUGGCGAGUGCGGUGAUUGCGGAUUGUGUGGAGAAUGGCUGCUUGACGAGUGAGAAAACGGCGUAUUCAAAGCGAGAGAUUCUGGGCGAGAGGGAGGAAGCGGAGAAGAGGACGUAUGUGGGUGGCGGGUUGAGGGGCAGGCGGUUUGCGUAG